AUGAGCGCCAUUUGUAACACCACUAAACACUGCGUGUUGCAGCCAUGCGCGGAGUCGGAAGAAUUCCGAGAGCAGCAAUGUUCUGCCUAUAACAGCGUGCCGUACGAGGGAGCUCUUUUGCAGUGGACGGCUCAUCAAGACGACGCCGAGCCUUGUGCUCUGGCGUGCCGAGGACGCCCUGCGGGUGAGCCUGUCACACAGGAGGAGCCGAUCGUCGUGCAACUGGCACCAAAGGUUCAAGACGGAACUCGCUGUCGGCCCGGCAGUCUGGACAUGUGUAUCAACGGGAAGUGCCAGCGAGUGGGCUGCGACCUGAAGAUCGGAUCAGCGAAGAAGGUAGACGCGUGCGGCGUGUGUGGUGGCGAUGGGCUCUCCUGUGCGCGGCCUUUGUACCACUGGGAGGACGCCGACAUGUCGCUGUGCUCUACUACCUGCGGCGGAGGGUACAAGAUGUCGGGGCCCGUUUGUAUGAACCGCGUCACGGGCACGAAAGUUGAGGAGCCCCUGUGCAACGCAUCUCAGCGGCCUGAUCGCAAAGUGGUCCAGUGCAACUCUCACCGCUGUCCAGCGAAGUGGGCGGUGUACGACUGGGGCCCGUGCUCCGUCACGUGUGGAGGCGGCUCAAGGUUCCGAUACGUACAGUGCGCCGAGGAGGGCAACGGAACGCGGUCAAAGGUUCCUGAGUACCUCUGCCACGGACACAAACCUCGCUACCAGGAACCCUGCAACGUCAUGGACUGUCCGGCCUGGAACACCGGAGAGUGGUCAGGGUGCUCCGUGUCGUGUGGCGAGGGUCAGCAGGUCCGCACCGUUCAGUGCAGAGACGCCCGGAGCGCCUCCAGUGCGCUGUGCGACCCCCUCACGAAGCCAACCCACGUCCAGCUGUGCAGGACCGGCAUCCCUUGUCAGAGCUACCACACGAGCUUCUACGACUCAGGUACGAACCAGAGCUUAAUGUCAUGCUCCGUGUCGUGUGGCGAGGGUCAGCAGGUCCGCACCGUUCAGUGCAGAGACGCCCGGAGCGCCUCCAGUGCGCUGUGCGACCCCCUCACGAAGCCAACCCACGUCCAGCUGUGCAGGACCGGCAUCCCUUGUCAGAGCUACCACACGAGCUUCUACGACUCAGGGCCGGAAGGCCAGGAACAACUUCCAGGCGUAGACCACACACAGCCCCUGGUGCAGCCGUACCCGCCACCUGCCGGAGGGCCGUCGCAGCGCCCUGCGUCUGAGGGCCACGUCGCCACGGAGCUCGUUCCAUCCAAAUCAACUUUCAUGCCUGAGAAAUGGGGGCCCUGCAGCGUAACGUGUGGACAGGGCUUCCGCAAACGGGAAGUCCAGUGCAAGAUCUUCCUUGACUUCGCGAGGACUAUGGCCCGCCUUCCUGAUGGCCACUGUCAGGGUCCUAAGCCUUCGGAGGUGGAGCGCUGUGUCCUGGAGCCCUGCUCAGCCCACAGGUUGGAGGCAGAGGGCGGCUUCUACGGGGACUCCGGAACUUACCGACAUGACCCGAUCAGGGUCGCAGCACCUGCAGGGAAGACUUACACGUGGAAACAGCAAGGGUUCACCCACUGCAGUGCGUCCUGUCUCGGAGGAGUUCAGGAAUCGCUCAUCCUGUGCGUGCGAGACGGCGACCAGAAGCCUGUGUCACCUUACCUGUGCCCCCAGGACGCGCGUCCCGAGGCUCUCAUCCGGACGUGCAACGAUCAUCCGUGCCCACCGCGAUGGAACUACUCGGACUUCCAGCCCUGCACCAAGUCUUGCGGCGUGGGCUUCCAGACCCGCGAGGUGAACUGCAUCCACGAGGUUACGAGGGGCGGCUCCAACACCGUCAUCGUGCCCAACAACAUGUGCCCGCAGCCACCGCCCAUCGAUCGCCAGUACUGCAACGUGCUGGACUGCCCUAUCCACUGGCACACAUCCGAGUGGACGAAGUGCUCCAAGAGCUGUGGUGGAGGCAUAAAGACGCGUUUGGUAGAGUGUAAGCAGGUGAUGGCUCAGAACCACGUGGUGUUGCGCUCGAUGUCCAAGUGCCCGCCCAGCAAGCCAGCGGACAAGAAGCCCUGCAACACCCGCUCCUGCGUCCUGGAGUCAGACCGGCCACACAUAGCCACCUCGAACCACUCGUACGUACAACAGAACCCCUCAAAGAAGAAGGUGACGCUCAAGAUUGGCGGACAGGCUACUGUCUUCUGGGGCACGCAGAUCAAGAUCAAGUGUCCUGUGAAACGGUUCAACAGGACUAAAAUUCAGUGGGCAAAAGAUCACAAUUUCAUAAGUAAUUCAAAGAAAUACAAGAUUUCGAAGAAAGGCGCUCUCCGUAUUCAAGACGUAACGCAGAGGGAUGGAGGAACUUACACUUGCCUUGCUGGACAGUCAUCUGCUGACCUAGUGAUGACAGUAAAGCCUCGACCCGGAGAGUUUCCUAGCUCGGAGGAGAUCGAUAGGCAGAACAUGAACCACAUGUUGGAUAGGACAAGCCUUGAAGAUCCAAACAUGGAGAGCAAUGGACCAAACCAUGAUGGUCGUCACCCCUUUCCACCAGGAGUUGAUGAUCUGAGCCACGAGCUGCGACCAGAAAGCAACCCCUUGUCUUCAUUACCCAAGAAACCAUCAGGCAGGGUGUACGCCUCACCCCCCACUACACCAGCACUGGAGGCUGAGGUAUCCAACCCUUCUAACAAGCCUGACGCUGCCUCAGAUGUGGCAACGGGUGGAUACCAGUUUGAGGGUCCCGUGUCCUUUACGCCCCCCCGCUUGUCAGAUUCUUUUGGAGAACCCCCCUCCAGAUCGGGGGGCUCACGUCCCAUGCCCCACUUCCAGAAGCUUCUAGCUAACCUGCAGAAUCUUUGGCUGUUCCAGACAUUUGGCAACUCCAGGGGCCACCGGAUGGUCAGCGAGCCGACGGAACAGGAGCGCCUUCAAGAUCGUGAUGAACGUGAGGAGACCACGGAGGACACCGUGGGCUCCACGGUCAUUCUCGGGAAAGGUAGUCCAGAAAAUCUUAAGUUUGACUGGAUGAUAACAGACUGGUCAAAGUGUUCACAAUCCUGUGGAGGAAGUGGGUUCCAGGUCAGGGCCGCGCACUGCAUGGUGCGUCUGCACAACACAACGCAGAAUGUGGACAGCAGUCUGUGCGAAGAUGCUGGCCUGCCAGUACCACCCACAUUACAGAAGUGCGGCACAGAGGACUGCCCACACUGGGUGCCUAGUGACUGGUCACCUUGUGAAGAGUCUCGCUGUUUCACCUGGAACACAGCAAUGCAGCGACGUGAAGUAGGAUGUCAACUGAGUAAUGGGACGGAAGUGGACACUCAGCAGUGCAGCGAGGCAGAGAAACCUCUACAACGUCAGGAGUGCUACAGUGACAAGUGUAAGGGCACGUGGAAAGUUGGUGAAUGGUCUGAGUGUGUGGCCGCCUGCGAGACGCAAGGCAUCAAGUACCGAAUCCUGCAGUGCGUGUGGUAUGGCACGAAGAAGCCGGCAGGCAAUGCCUGCAGGGACCAGCCGCGUCCCUCCGUCAUGAAGGUGUGCAAGGGGCUGCCAUGUGCCCACUUGUCCAGCUGUAAAGAUCAGUCAAAAUACUGCCAAAAUGUGAAGGCUAUGAACAUGUGCAGAGUGCAGCGUUAUCAGCAUCAGUGUUGCCAAUCUUGUCGAAACAAGGGCUAGGUGCAACAGACUUGACACGAUAGCAAUACAAGAAGGAGUGCUGUGUUAUCAGUGAGCGUCCUCGUGGACGUAUGUCCGCACGCUAGUAAUGCAGUCCAUUCUUACAUAUUAUAUAUGUUUGCCUCUGCUAUGAUCAUCAGCAGUGAAGACUGACUGCAGACAAAGCUUUAUCCCCCUAUCGUUUGCAGCAGCUCUGCAGUGUUUAAGUUCAUCAUUCCAUUGUAUUACAACUGCGGCAGAAACGUCACAAAUGCAACAGUGUUUCAUUGAUAAAACGACUUUCUUCUCAAACUGCACACACCUGGAGAGAAACUACAGUCAUAACCAAAAUAUUGGCCAUAAAAACAGACUGUGCUAUAAUGGUGUUGGCCACAUGCAACUCGGAGCUGUGAGACUGUUCAUUAAUGCAAAUAUCAGAAGACAGAAUAGAUGUAAUCUGUAAACCCACUGUAAAUAUUCCAUAUUUAUUAUAGUGAUAUUAACAGCGGCAUUCAGCUUGGAGAGCUCGUAUAACUAACAGUGCUUCAGUUCUCUGCAGAUAUCAGCUAGUCUCAUUAUAUCACUGACCAAUACUUGUUUCUGGAGCCCAGAAUAUAUGAUAACCUUCAUCUCAAAAUAAUUUAUUUUAAUAUUUUUUAAGAUCAGAAUGAUCACCGUUGAAAUAAUCAGUGUAAAAAAUGUACAUUGAUUAUAUUACUUUUUCUUGUAUUUCAUUUCCACAGAAUCCUGGUAAACAGAUGUGUCACUAAUUAGUUUCACGUCGCAGUUUUACUGGUCUGGAAUGUUGCUGAAUUUGCAGACAUGUUAAAUGUCUCUUUUUUAAUUUCAUGGACCUUCAUUGUAUGAAAAUAUAUAAUUUAAAACCCCAUUUUACGGGGCUGCCAGUCGGGUUUAAAUCGGAGGUUUAGUGGUUUAGCAGUAAUCUACUGCUACCUGGACUGUGUGAAUGCCGUGAUGCAAGCUAAUAAACAUGAAGUCGCUUGGACUCACUUUGGUUUAGCUGCGUAACCUAUUAGUGUCAGUCAUUCUCCAGCUGGGUGCAUACAGUGAAGAACAGACUGCAGUUACUACUCACGUCAUACCAGACGAUCCUCACUGCACAUAAGAAACACUGAAACAGCCAAUAGAGACGUGUCAAAGAUUAUGUCUGCUUCCUUUCUGUCAGUGUUCAGUUGCAAGAUAUGUUGUGUCUGAGACAGUCGCCCUGAUCGUCGUCAUCUCGCCAUCUGUCGGUGAUGUAAGAUACAUAAAAAAUUUAAUUCUAAGGUUUCAAACACUGUUGUACGAAUGGUCCCUGCAUUAUAUUUAAUGUUGUACUUGUAUAAAAUAAUUACAGACAGAGUGUGUGUUAUAAUAGGAAGUGUGCUGCAUGAAGUAUUCAAGAUAUACAAUACAGGGCUGUGACAAGCUAUGAUCCGGUUAGAGAUGCUGUCUGUGAAUUUUAGUCUGCGAGAACAGGAACGUGACUGAGUACUGGAGUAGAGUAAUACUUUAAUUUCUCUUCUGAGUUGCACAUUAUAAUGCUUAGUGCCUCCAUAUCCUCCAAUUCAAAUUGCUUGAAUAACUUGUAUGGCAUGAACUGUGGUUAUAUUGCAUCAAGAGGGCUUACACUUUUUAGCUCUCUGUACUGUGCAUGAUUAUCUCAGAUUGCUCCCACAGUUUCAGUAUACAGUCGUCCACUCCUCUCCCAGUUCCAUUUUUCUAAAACUUGUAUCCAAAUUUUUAAUAUAUACAUGGGCAAGUUAGAAAUGAAGACAGGAAACAAAUUCCUAAAAACUCUGUUCAUCUCUAAUGCAACAAAUUUAACAAGCUGCUGGAGGCAUAUAUUUACAUAAACAUGGUUGAUUAAUAAACAAUAAAUUAAUAGGAAAAAAUUUUAUUAUGAAAUGGCUAGUUUUAUGCUGAAGGAAAUGGUGAAAAUAAUUUCACACUGUUUGAGGUUAAAGCCCACAAAUAACAGAAACCACACUCUGACUGCAGAAGCCCCUCCAAGUCUCCCGUGUCCGACUGAUGAGGCAACAGUGGUUGCAGGUCGUAAUAUUGUAAGCAGAUAAUUCAUUUCAAUGUGUCGCACCAUAUUGGUACCAAGCACAAUACCAGACCCGUUCUCCGUAAUAAUUUGAACAGCCGGUGUGCCAUUGUGCUGCUGGCACGGAUAUGUUACGUGUAUUUACCGUUGCAUUGUAGGAUAACUGUACAUACGUAUGAAAUACGGUUCAAUUGUUUCCUUUCCAACUGUUCAGGGAAGCCUCCAGUCAGAGUUACGUUAUUUCGUGACAUGUUUAUUUUGCAAAAUGUUCUCACUGUUUUAAUUAUGUGAUAUUGUGUUAUAUGCAUUAGAUGUACUGUAGAAUACAUCAUCAGUAGGAGGACAUUGUUUUGAUACAGUCAUAGCAAACGUGAGCUUGUUCCCCUUUGCAGUGACUGGAAAUGCAUUGUGUCAAAAUUCUACAUUGUAGAUAAUAUAAUGGACAUUUUGACUGUCAUUGCCCAGAUGGUGGAGACAUAAAACACUGACGGAACGUUAGUAAACCUCUACCACACUACAUGGAGCAGUAUCCCAGAAGACAGUCAUCUUCAUACUCAAAGCCAGGAGGCAUGAAAUCUCACCAGAAACAGACGGGUGUUUGCAACUGAGAAAAUAAUAUCUGAAUUCACUGGUCAAUUUCAAAAAAAUCUGGGGAUAUGAUGGCUGCCUGUGUACGCUUAUCAUUGCACACAAGUAAUAUUUUAUGGAGUCUUGCAGACAUUAAUUUUGUGCGAUACUGACCAAAAAUGACAUAAGUGAAUCACAGAGAGGUUAAUUAAAAGAGGACAAAUCUUGUUUAUAUUAGAAAGUUUUGUGUCUGUGUUGUUAUUGCAUAUGGAAGGAAGAGCUCGUUUUUGGUUAUUUAUGUUGUCAUCCCCUAACAUUUGAUGAAAAAUGGUUUGAACAACUUUUCUUUUAAAAUUUUAAUAGAGUGAAUGUGGUUGUAAUAAUUGCCCUCAUAUUGAAUUAUCCAUUUUCUAUCCUGUAAGCCUAUGGUUCUUACUUGGAACCAGAAAACCGCAUUGCCACUAGCCGUAAAGUGAUUGAUAUUUUGUACAAAUAUAUUUAAAAACUAUUGAUGAAAACAUUCAUAAGAACAGGAAUGUGUAACAUAAUGUGGCGUAAUUGAAAGUAUACCUGGAUUUUGUCUUCCCAGUUCUCAUUUUCAUGAAGCAAUUUCAACAUUUAUGUCUGGAUAAGUUACUUAGUUUGUGUGUGUUAAUAUUAUAUUAUAUUACAAAUUCUCAUUUAAUUCCAAACUAAGAAAGUCACUCACUUGCUCUCUUGUCAAAUUAUGUUUUGCCUUUUGAUGUUGACAUAAUUUUUAAAGGUGAAUACGUACAAAAAUAUUUUUACUUCCACAGAUGAGGCAAAUGACUUACGUGCGGUGAGCCAUAUGCAAUUACGUGACACAGCUCCAACAGAUUUCUCACUUUGAGUUCUCUGCAACACCUAAUGUAGAACAUUGUAAAAUGUAGAAAUGUCCUUCUAUUGUGAUGUCUGAAAAUUGUAAAAGCUGUAAACUUAACAGUGACAUUUCAAAUGUGGUGAAUGCAGGAGGCCUGUUGUUCCGGGAAAUGUUCAAGAUUUCCGUAAUAAUGAUUGUCACAUGUUCACUUCAUCAUAUCUUAAGAAGUCAGUGACAGAUCACAUAUUCUUUAGCAUACACAAUUCUGUAGAUAAACUGAGGAGAAACCACUUUAAUUCUGAGAUGUGAUAGUAAUUAAAAUUUAAGGUUAUUUCACUCAACUUGAAAUUGCCUCUUGUAUGCAGUAUUUACACAUGAAAAGUCACUGUUAAGUUAAUACUUUGGACAGGACAGUACAGUGAAACUUCUUUGUCACAGUUUCUUAGGACCCAGAAUGUGAAACAUGAUGAAAUUGAGAGAUCUGAGGUUUUAUCUUUUAAGGUGUGAGCAUAUCCACUAUUCUAAAGAAGAAUUACCGAUUACAUUGUCUUCUGUACCUGUUUUAUUUUAAUUGCAAAGAGUGGAUUGAGUGUGAAUGUUUGAUUUCUUCAAUAUUCUAGGCCAUUAUUAAUGUGACUUUUGAUAUUUCACAUGCAUAAAUAGGUAUUUUUACUUGACUCUUUAAAGAACAGUCGUGCCACUUACUUUAAUAUCCAAUAACUGAAUUUUGUCCGCAGAAUGUAUUUGCGAGUUUCGUAUGAUAAACGAUGAAUAUUUCCCCAAACAGCAUUAACCAAAUAACCUUUGUAAUAGAAACACAUUGAGUUCCCUCCGAGGCAGGAACUGAGUUUUUAAGAAUUAUUUAGAUGAACAUUGUGUUUCACAGGGUUAGUACGUGAACUGGAUUAUAUUAAUAUUACAUAACACAUUUAAAUGAAGAGGAGAGAGCUAUACUUCAUUAAGACAUUCCCGUGGAUACUGGCUUAUAUUAUUUUUGCCACGGUUGAUUAAAACAGGGCACACUACUAUUGGGUUAGGUUAGGUUCUGAAAUAUAAGCAAUUUGGAACAAAUGCCAGUGUGCAAUGCAUGGUAGCAAAUUUUCAAAAAGAGGAAAAGAAUUAUCUUAACAUUUCCUCCUUUCUGCAGCUGAACCUGAGACAUCAAUUUGCUCUGAAACUACCUUGGACAUAUUGUAUAAAUACAGACGUUGUGAUAUACAUUACCAGAAUAUAUCUGCCUUCUUCACUGAAAGAUACAAUUGGAGCCACUGUAAUGCAUAGAUUUUAAGUGAUGUAAAGCCCCAGAUCCAGUUAAUUAUGCCAGUUGGAUUUUCUUUAGCAUCGCGUUCCUCGUAGAUACAUAAUAUUUUAGUGAGUUUCACAUACAGUACUUCACUUUCUGGAAGUCAAAUAACUGUAAUGUACUUACGCUGAACCCUGUAUGUUCAGAGCUUUAUCAGUAUGCAUGCCAUUCAGAUGUUAUUAAUCAAAUGUGCAUGAAAUGCCUUUUAUUUUAAAGGAAUAAAUAUAUAUGAUAUAUCGAUGAUCUCCAACACACGCAGGUUAUGACUCGCCUGUUACGAAGACUCACUGUACUAGUCGCAGGUUCUAAUCUAUGAGUUCAUAGUGAAACAAAUCAGUAUUAAGGCACUGCCCAGCUCAAUGUUGCUACCAGAUACAGUGCCAUUAUUUUAUGUUAUGACCUCAAAUGUAUUUUUAAUUUACUGGUUUAUAUAUGCCUUAGAAUAUUACUGUUAUAAGCUGCCAUGUUCACAUAGGUUUCUGGCUGUUUGUCAUUUAUGUAUCUGUGCUAUUGCUGCCUUUAAUGAUAUUAAUAGUAUCUUGUGAGCAGGCUUUUCCCAUUUAUCUUAUUGAAGGGCAAACGAGCAGGAUUCGAGGUUUUCACGGUGGUGCGUCCAAAGAUGGCUGUCUUCUGGGCUGUAGCUCUGUGCAGUCUGCUUUACCAGACUGCACAGUGCACAACAACCCAGAAGACAGCCGUGUAAGGGCAAACCACUUUUGGUGCAUUGUUAUUUUAUCUUUCUGUUUGUCAGUUCUGCAAGACGAAGAUCUCUAACCUGUUUACUAUAUGCACUCAUAUAAAGUACUGGAGGAACCCAGUGAUGCUGAAAUGUCAAAUUGAUCAUUGGUGCAACAUAUUUUUAAAGCAUGUCUCCUCCAAGUAGCAAUUUUAAUCUCUACAUCAGUCACACCAGAUAGUCCCGUACUUCCUUCAUGCAAAAUGGUCUCCUUUAUCUGGAAAAAGGCUUAUAUUCAGAUGUCCAUUACGUAACUCCCUAUAACGUAGCAUCAUGUUGUGUUAAUACUAACUUUCCUCAAAAUCCUGGACUACGUGUUUUGAUAAUACUACACCCACAAAUCAUUAGGCAUGCGUAGUGGUUGUAGAUAAGACGUUGAUGCUGAAAUAAACUGCAGAUAAUGAAAGCGAGUAUAAAAAGAAUCACCUCUAAUGCAACUAUAACAUUUAUCCAAUAGUAAAUGUAUAAAGGAAGCCAAAAGUAAUAUACUUUGUAAAUUGUUAUUUUAUCUUUUGGAGGCACUGUAACAUUAGUCUAAUAUUGACUUAUAAGGGAAACUAAUAGGCUAAUGUUAUAGUGCCUCCAACGGUUAAAUUAUUUUCAAAUUACUUUAAAAUUAUUCCUCAUUUUACAUUAUAUGGAUAUGUAAAUGGAGAUGUGGAACAUGAUAGGUAUGUAACUAUAAGUGAAGAUAUGCCUGCGAUGUACUCCUGCGUUACAGUAAUCGGAGCUUGUGACUGAAAAUCUGUAUAUCUACGCCCCACUUCUGAAACUUUCAAUUUAAGAGCAGGACAAACUGUUGAAAUUUGUUGGUUGAGAACCAUGAAGUUUUUGAAGUACUUGGACAUCGUUCUUUAGCCAGAUUCGUAUCGUGCAAAACACUUGUGUGUCCGAAAAAAUGUAUUUUGUUUACAUCUGGAUGAGACAAAUGACUGGUCUGCAUGAAUAUUCUUGAACAGAGACGAGCUUAGAGGCUUGUCAGCAGGGGAGCUGCACGUUUCUGAGAUAUGAAUAGACCCCCCCUCCCCCAAAGUUUGAAAUUACGGUGUUUUCCAAAAUGUUUGACAAGCUUUAACAUCCUUCACAAUUUAUCCCUAAAAACUGAAGUUACUCUUGUUAUGAGCCACAGAAUAGCUGUAUAAUAUUGCCACGUGCAAGUGUAAACUUUAUAUUUUAAUAGCAAGUCUGAACAGAAAGCUGCAAAUUUGCCCCAAAAGUACAUUCCAGUUUCUCGUCAGCAGCGUAUAGCGUAACGACACAUAAGGUGAGAGGUUAUGACAGCAAGUCUUUGUCCCUCACAGAAUGGCUGCCACAGCUUUGUGAACAUGGCACAAAAUUGUGAUGCAAUAAACAUCCUGUAACACUCCCCAUCAUGUGUACAAGUGAUUCAGAUGUUGUGUUAUAAGGUAAUUGUUGUUGUUAAUUUCUUGGGCACUUCUGUGGAGUGUGUUACAUAUACAUCAUGUGUAUGUUCUGUACAUCUGACAUUUAUCUUGUUGAUAUAAUGAUAUCAUGUUUAUUUUACAAUAAAUCAUGAAUAUAUCCAGUAAUCCA